CUCCGUCAUUGAGUUCAUAUUGACCGAGAAGAAAGGCGAGAAAUGCAACGUGGGCCUGAUCACCCUCAACCGCCCGAAAGCGUUGAAUGCCCUUUGCGACAAACUCGUGUCGGAACUGAGUCAAGCAGUCGAACAUUUCGAUAACGAUGACUCCGUUGGAGCUCUCGUCAUCACAGGAAGUGAAAAGGCGUUUGCUGCAGGUGCUGACAUCAAAGAAAUGCAGAGCCAGACAUUCUCAAGUAACGUGAAGAAAGGUCUUUUGAAAGAUUUCGAAAAGAUAAGAGGAUGCAGGAAACCUAUCAUUGCCGCUGUCAAUGGUUUUGCUGUAAGUGCAUUA